AUGUGGGGCACCAGCGCUCGGGCUGAUUUCCACACCUUGCCAGCACUUCAGAAGAAGCUCAGAGCCUGGCACACUGACACUCACCUGUCCCCUGCCUGGGACACUCACCUGUCCCUGCCUGGGGACACUGACACUCACCUGUCCCCUAUCGGGGACACUGACACUCACCUGUCCCCUAUCGGGGACACUGACACUCACCUGUCCCCUAUCGGGGACACUGACACUCACCUGUCCCCUAUCGGGGACACUGACACUCACCUGUCCCCUAUCGGGGACACUGACACUCACCUGUCCCCUAUCGGGGACACUGACACUCACCUGUCCCCUAUCGGGGACACUGACACUCACCUGUCCCCUAUCGGGGACACUGACACUCACCUGUCCCCUAUCGGGGACACUGACACUCACCUGUCCCCUAUCGGGGACACUGACACUCACCUGUCCCCUAUCGGGGACACUGACACUCACCUGUCCCCUAUCGGGGACACUGACACUCACCUGUCCCCUAUCGGGGACACUGACACUCACCUGUCCCCUAUCGGGGACACUGACACUCACCUGUCCCCUAUCGGGGACACUGACACUCACCUGUCCCCUAUCGGGGACACUGACACUCACCUGUCCCCUAUCGGGGACACUGACACUCACCUGUCCCCUAUCGGGGACACUGACACUCACCUGUCCCCUAUCGGGGACACUGACACUCACCUGUCCCCUAUCGGGGACACUGACACUCACCUUUAG